UGGGCCAGCUGCAGACCUACCCUGAAGGGCCAGGCUGUGCUGUUAUAAAAUCCAACUUCAUGUUCACGUGCACCAGGAGAAGACUUUGCAAGGACGAUCACGGACAGAAGAGCGGAGGGCUGUUUGUUUGGGUUUUCCUAAUUUCUAAGAUCAGCUCUGGGCUGGACCGGCGAUGUGCAGGAAGUCAGACGAGGUGAUCAUGCUCGUCCUUUUGGGUGUUAUCUGUGAGAUGAGAAGUAGGUUUAAUGGGCUGCUAGGGAUUUUCCUGGCAUGAAGUCCCCAGGAGUGUUAAGGCAGCAUAUCUGGGCUACAUCACACAACCAUCUCGUCCCUGGGCCACUCUCAAGGGAAAUGGGGAGGACACGGUAGGUAUUUCUCACUCUGCCAUGGCUCCUGGGUGUUAGAGCAGCCUUUGGGUCACUGACUUGUGCAGGGAACUGGGCUAGUCCCCAGGCAGUCCCAGGAUCCAAGGCCACGGAAGUGGUACGUGUAAAGCCACCUCCAUCCACCCGUCCUCAUCCAUUCUAUGCUGGGUUAGCAUCCCAGAGAGACUCUUGAGUCCCGAUGCUGCCUCGCAUUCCUGGGAGCUGCUGCCUUUGGCUUAUAUUUACAUUUUGUUUGAUCUCAGGUACAGAAAAAAAAUCCAGCUGAAAAAACGGCUGUAACAUCCUGCUGCCUCUUGGAGCUGUUCCGUAUGCCCGGCCAGAGGCAGAAUCACAGUGAGGGAAAUAUAAGCAGCUGGAUUUAACAUUGUCAAGACAGCUCUGAUCGCAGCCGAGUGAAAUUAGCUCUGCGUUUCCCCUGCUCUCCCUCUCCUUCCCUUCCCACUAUAAUUCCUGCCUCUCUUUAGGUGUCUGACAACGGGGGCAGCAGUAAGCAAAUAGUUAAGUUUUGCUUCUCCACCCCGUGGAGUGUUGGGGGUGUUGCCUGUGUCAGAAACAAUAUAAGAACAGUCGGAAGUUGCAGUUGGCAAGUGAGGCUUGGCGUAGCAGUGGUGGGGCAUUUAGAUCUGGUGGGGACUGUUUUUUCACUGAGACUGUAGACACUUGAUCUGCCCAGAAUGCCUGAGAACAAGAGGAAAGGGAGAGGAAAGGGCAAAAAGAACAAAGAAGGGAAAGAAAGGGAAAAAGAACCAGACCCAGGAAAAGCGGUUCCUCCGAAACUGAAGAAACUGAAGAGCCCAAACGUUCACGUGGGGGAAAAGAUUUCGCUGAAGUGUGAGGCUACUGCGGGGAAUCCCCAGCCCUCUUACAAGUGGUAUAAAGAUGGCAAAGAACUGAAGAAGAGCAAGGACAUCCGAAUAAAAUACGGGAACGGCAAAAAAAUUUCCAGGCUGCAGUUCAAUAAGGUGAAGCUGGAAGACGCCGGGGAAUAUUACAGCCAGGCGGAGCAGAUGUAUGGUGCGAAGGAAGUAACCCCGUACCUGCUUGUGUCCUUUGCAGUGACGACCACGCUCUCCUCCUGGUCGGGACACGCCAGGAAGUGCAACGAGACAGCCAAGUCCUACUGCGCCAACGGCGGGGUGUGCUACUACAUCGAGGGGAUCAACCAGCUGUCUUGCAAGUGUCCGAUCGAAUUCACCGGGGACCGGUGUGAACACUUCGCAAUGGUCAGCUUCUCCAAGCAUCUGGGAUUUGAAUUAAAGGAGGCCGAAGAACUCUAUCAGAAGAGAGUGUUAACCAUCACGGGGAUCUGCGUGGCUUUGCUUGUGGUCGGAAUCGUGUGCGUGGUCGCCUACUGCAAAACCAAGAAGCAGCGAAAACAAAUGCACAGCCAUUUGCGGCAAAAUAUGUGUCCCGCCCAUCCGAACCGAAGCCUGGCCAACGGCCCCAGUCACCCCCAGCUGGACCCGGAGGAGAUUCAGAUGGUGGAUUACAUUUCUAAAAACGUUUCUGCCACUGAGCACGUGAUACGGCGGGAAACGGAGACGACGUUUUCGGGAAGUCACUCCUGCUCCCCAUCUCACCACUGCUCCACAGCCACCCCGACUUCAAGCCAGAGGCAGGAGAGCCACACGUGGAGCUUGGACCGGACGGAGAGCCUGACGUCGGAUUCGCAGUCUGGCGUGAUGCUGUCGUCGGUGGGCACCAGUAAAUGCAACAGCCCUGCCUGCGUGGAGGCCCGCGCCCGGCGAGGCGCCGCCUGUUGCGUGGAGGACUCGCGACGGCCCACGAUGCACUACAGGGAUUCCGUGGAUUCGCUGCGAGAUUCGCCGCACAGCGAGAGGUACGUGUCUGCUCUGACAACACCAGCCCGUCUUUCUCCCGUCGACUUCCAUUACUCACUUGCUGCCCAGGUCCCCACCUUCGAGAUCACCUCCCCCAACUCCGCUCACGCCGUGUCCCUCCCGCCAGCGGCGCCCGUAAGCUUCCGCGUGGAAGAGCAGCAGCCGUUGCUGCGACGCUACCAGGUGCCCUUGCAGGAGAUGCAGCGGUACGACGGCUACUACCAAAGGAAGAGCUACUUGAACGAGAGCAUGGGGAGCCUGCCGUCCAGCCCCUUCCGCAUCACGGAGGACGACGAGUACGAGACCACCCAGGAGUACAUCACUGCGCUAGAACAACCAAAGAAAACAGCGAGCAACAACAGGCGGUGGAAAAGAUCCAGACUCAACGGGCAGGUCUCGCACAGAGCCCGGACGGUCAGAGACUCCUUCUCGGGAAGCAGUGCUUCCUACAGCGAGUCGGAUGAGGAGCUCAUGGCGGAGAGCACCCCGUUCCUAAGCAUGCAGAACACUGAGGCAAUGAACAUAGAUUCCCCGCCGCUCUACCGGCCGGGAGACAGCAGGACUUACUAUUCCUUCGAGAGACGCAGCGCUCAAAUGGACAGCGGACACAGCAGACUGACGCACACAAGACCCAAACAGGACUCGGCUCCUCUUUAGAAGCCACACAAACUCACGCACCCGCAAACACCCCGGUCUCGAGGAGGAGGAGAGAGAUUUUUAUUUUGUAUAAAAGAGGAAAAAAAAUAUAACAAAUCAAAUGUUUUAUUUUCAUUUUAGCAAAGUUGUCUUAUAAUAGCUAACAGCAAAGACUUUUUUAUAGGGAAUCUCUAUUUAUAUGUAACAUCUUGACUUACAGCUU